UAAUUGAUUGGUAUGCAAAAUCAAAAUCAAACAAGAGCAGAUACAAUAAAAUUUGUGGAGUUUUAUAUGAGUCCUAUGAAAGCUUAUUGAAACUAGAAACCAGCUGUCUUUGAUCUCUGGUGUUCUGACCACAGCUCUAGAGUUAAAUGGCUGCGACACCAGAUCGACUGGCAAACGUUCUGGAGCAGUACAGAGACAAGCUGCAUCAAGCCGGAGACAAUGUCCACGAAGAAGAACUGGACUACAUUAAAGAAAUUCUUGCCAGCCCGAUAUUCAACCAAUACUUACUUGGCAACCCACCCUCCAGUGAAAACUCCACCCUCAUAGCUGAGGCGACCAAUGAGCUUAUCACUGGUAUCCAAGACACUAAGAAAGACUCUCCUACUCAUAAAAGAAAAGUACUUCUUCAACGAAAAGAAUCACUGAAGAUUUUACGAAAUGCUGUCACACCUAAAAACGUAGUCUUGAAAAGACCUCACAGAGUAGACGCUCCGAGCACGCUGGUCCAACCUCCAGUACUUAAAUUAUCAUUAACUCCCUCCCACACUGGAAACUCUAGAACAGGUGCUAUCGAUGGACUGGAACCAAAACACACACCUGAAAUCACUCUGUUGCGACAGGCCAGUCUCAUGAAUGGAAGUUCAGACGACUCUAUCGUUGCAUCCAUUCUAAACGAUGUUUCCAUGGAGAGCUCUCUUAACAACAGUCGUAUAAAGAAUCUUUCCAGCUCCACCAGCACUUUAGUAGACAGAUCCGCUACUAAUGGCGGCCCUAUGCUAAGGAAGAAGUCAUCUGAGAGUUUUCUUAGGCCUGGUAGUGGAGGGUCUUUAUCAGGGUCACAACCUAACAUCAGCACACUCAGGUCCAUCCCUCACAUGGCUGUCAAUAGCAACCAUGUCUCUCGUCCUGAGCCGAUUGGUGCCGCUAUAACGUUGGACCCAUCUCCCCGACCAACGGAACUAUACACACAAGCUUCUGGAUUGACUCAUGAGAGUGGGAAGAAGCUAGUGAUAUCACCAGAGACACGCCCCCCUCCCCCUUCAUACCACGCCCAUAUGCAGAAACAGUUUCAACACUCGCAGGAACCUGUCAUUGACUCACCACACCCACUACUUCCAUACCGUAAAACGAAAUCGGUCGAAAAACUAUUUGACAUGUCUGAGACUUCCUUGGAGGGUCCACACCUCCACUCCCCACAACAGCCUCCCGCCCUCACUCCACCCACACACCCCAUGACCAAUGGGUCAGUGACGAUGGACGUUUCAACGGCAGAGAAAAGAAAAACAACAUUUACUGUUCGACUGGACAAAGGUGCAGAGGGACUCGGCUUCAUGGUGAAGGCAGUAAAGAACGAAGCGAAAGGAGAGGUGGGACUCUCCAUUCAAGACCUACAGGCAGGAGGCAUUGCUAAGAGGGACGGUAGGCUGCGGAGGAACGAUCAGAUCUCACACAUCAAUGGCCACUCCCUAAGUACUCUCCCCCACUCUGAUGCUGUGUCCCUUCUCCAGUCGUCUCGUGGCCCCGUUGAGCUCGUAGUUAUAAGGGAACACCCCUCACAGGCCACGCCCCCUUCACCACCCUCACUCAGGCACCCUCCACCUAUGUCACCAUCACGUCGGCACACCUCACAAUCACCAGCUGCACAUCGUCACAUGAUCACCAAACCAUCAUCUGGACAGCCAGACACACAAUCACCACCCUCACCCCCUCCCACUCCGACACCACACCCCCGGACUCAACAAGAUAUCGUUAACGGAGAUUUGAAUGAGGUGACUGGUGAUAAGGAGUGGGAGUCACAGCAACAGCAAAUUGUGACGAUAGAGUUGCCUAACGAUGGUCGUCGAGGGUUUGGGUUCGGCAUAGUAUCUGUGGGGGAACCUAAGAAGACAGUGGUACACUCUCUCGUGUCUGGGGGCGUGGCCGAACAGGAUGGACAACUACAGAGGGAGGACCAGCUGCUGCAGAUUAACGAGGAGAGUGUGCUCCACAUGGAGUAUGAUGACAUCAUCACCAGGCUGAGGACUGUCUAUCAGGCUGGUCAACCAAUCAGAUUAGUCAUAGCUAGAACCGUAUCUGUGGAGACGUCAACAGGGGAAGUCCCUGAUAUCAACGACUCCUCUGACGAUGAUCUGGAGGAAUUUGAGGUGGAGCUUCACCGUGGCAACAACAAGGGGCUGGGUAUCACCAUUGCUGGCUUGGUCAACACUGAUACAGGAGAAGAGGUAAACGGCAUCUACAUCACGUCCAUGAACCCGAAUGGGGCAGCUGCCCAAGCCAAGCGUAUCACCGUGGGUGAUCGUAUCCUGAAGGUGGGUGGCCACUCCCUGAAGGGACUGGAGAACAUGGAGGCUGCCUCGGUGUUGCGUAACAGUGGCAACCCGGUAAAAUUAAUGCUGAGUAGACGGAGGACCAAGGUGGCCGGCAUCCAGCCCCCUUCCCUCCCCACAAUUGUGGACUCCAGCAGCGAGGACCCCCCGCGAAGGCAGGCCUGGGAGGUGGUCGACAAGUGGACCUCUAUACUCGGACCAGACUACGUCGUCAAGGUUGACGAGGUGUACAAAACAGAGGGGGGUGGUUUGGGUAUUCGUAUGGAGAGCACAGCCGAACUUGACGAGGAGGGGGAGCCCCAUUCUGGCUCUGUGCAUCAUGUAAUCCAGUACAUACAUCCGCAGGGUCCAGUUGGUCAUCAUGGCAUCCUGAGAGUGGGUGAUGAGAUCCUAGAGAUUAACGGGAGUGUUCUGGUGGGGCUACAACAUCAAGAGGCCAUCGAGGUCGUCAAGUACACCCCAAACUUUGUGCAGGUGGUUGUGUGUCGAGUGAGCGGCCGUGGAGAGGGGGCAGGGUCAAGUCCAACAACAAACUCCCCUGAGGGCGCUCUCUCAGACUCGGAAGAGGACAAGCUCCUCUCAAACUCUGACACUCUCCUCGCACUGCCUUCUUGCGACCUUUCUGGCCUCGGGGACAACUUCUCCCGACGACUCGAGCGCAAGUCGUGGAGGGUGAGGCACGAGCAGCAGAAGAAACUCAUCAAGCAGAGAUUCGAACAAAAGCGUGAGGAGUUCUUGCGUCACCUACAGGAGCAGGACGAAGAGUUGGUGGCUCAGGAGGCAGAGCUUAAAGAGCGGCAACGGCAGGCAGAAGAAGAAGAGCGAAUGAAAAGUGACGAGGACCAUAAUAGAGACUCCGCCCUGUUACAGUUUGACUACGCUUCGUAUCGUAGUUCCAGUCAGAUGUCUGGACUGGAUGAGUCUCUACAAAGUCCUGAUUCCAUUCUGGAUUCAGAUUCUAGUCUCUUAUCUCCGGUUCCUGGUUCCACGCUCUGGGAGGAUGAACUUUCCGAGGUGGUUUUGGAGAAGGGGAAUCAGGGACUGGGAUUCAGCAUUCUGGACUUUGCUGACCCGCUCCAUUCUGGUGAAAAGGUGAUCCUGAUCCACUCGCUAGUGGAAGGCGGGGCUGCCGAGACAGAUGGCGGUCUGAAAAUAGGCGACAAACUGCUCAGUGUCAACAACAUGUCUGUGCUCAAUCACUCACUGGACUUUGCUGUACAACAGCUGGUGGCCGUUCCUCUAGGGGGUACUGUGAGUAUUGGUGUGUACCACCCCCUGCCAGGGGGCCCUGAGCUCGAGAGUGAACUGUGUUCCCCUUACUCCAUGGAGGGGCCCGAAGAGGGUGCUGUCCAUGCCGCCCUGGCAUUUGAGAGAGCUAGUCUGGGACAGGACGACGAGGACCAGAAACCACUCUCUGACGAAGAGGAGGAGCCGGAGGGCGUAGCCACAGAGGCGGAGUCCGAGGGCCAAGACAACCCAGAAGAGGAGGAAGGAGACGAUGAAAAGAAGAAGAAACCUGAUACGGAUGACGAUGAACCCCCGCCCCCCUAUUCUAAAGAUGACCCCCAAGAUGAAAAAUCUGAUGAUGCCCCCCACGGAGAUGAGGCAGCUCCUGAGGCUACUAAUGCUCAACAACCAAAACUCAAUUCUGGUGGACCACAGGAACAUGUAUCGGAGCAGCCAUCACUGUUGGCUCAAAUCGAAACUGAAAUCACUCAAACUAAACUCGAGACUCAUUCGGCAGACGAUAUCGACUCCCCCCAUAUGGAUACCCCCUCCCCACUCUCUCCCGCCUCCCCCAUAUCACCGGCACUACUGUCUCGUAUCUCAAGCCCUGAAAAAGGCCGCUCACUGUCUGACCUCACCAGAAUAAAGCCGGAGGAGGGAGCUCGUCUCUCGCAGCCUCUGAGUAUACCCGUCCCUAAAAAAAGUUCUUGCACUGACAGUGUAAAUGAAUUUUCUCACGAAUCGCUGAGUUCUUCCGAUAAUACGAUCGUAAACUCACAGAGUCAGCCAAGUCAGAGUGAGUUGGGGCCCGAAUCCAAUAGCAGCACUAUGACUAGUGGUAGCCUAACACGUGAGUACAACACCACCCCUGUCUAUGUGUCCUCCCCUUCUUCCGAUAGAAGUCAAAGGUCAAUCAAGAGCAGCAGCGAUGGACAAAAGGUAAAACCUAAGGAAAAAGUCCCUAAGAGAACGAAAGGAAAACGAUUGACUUCUCGAGGACAUAAAACCAAUCAAACCACCACCAACGAUUCUUAUCCAAGUACACCCACACAAGAAAACCUAACAGUAAACUAUUCUUCCCCUCAAGGCAUUUUGUGCAGCUCUCAAGAAAGUAACGUUGAUGGUCUUUCUCCCGAACUUAGUGACUUCGGUGACCACUCGAGUGAAGUCGAACCGAGAGAAAUACGAAUUCGUAAAAUUGGGGCGGGAUACGGCAUGAACUUAGCGUACGAUGAAAAGAACAGCUGUGUCAUUGUGAAGUCUUUGUCUAGCAGUGGAGCGGUAGGUAGGGAUGGUAGAAUCCGUGCCGGAGAUCGAAUCACAGCUAUCAACGGUAAGAGUUUAGCCGGUUUCAAUUUGACUAAGGCCAAAGGAAUAUUGAAACGAGCGUCAACUCGAAGUGAAGAACUAAUCAUUGUGUACACGCCAGCACCGCAAGUCCAAAGUUACAUAAUUCCCUCAGGGGGUUCUCCGUACAUCAACACCCCCGGUACGAGAUCUAGUAUCACCGAAGGAAUUAUGCCUGUUCAGCAGUCGAGCUACUACCCUCAGGGAAUCCAGGGGGCACAAGGUAACAUUCAACUGCACCCCGUGAUGGCCCCAGGGCCACAAUAUCCGCCACACGGAAUGAUACAAAGUAUGUAUGGGGCACCUACAUAUCACCCCCCCGGAGUACCUCCCCCGCCGAACAUUAAUGUUCCGGGGGGAUAUUUCACUCCGUACGAGGAUCAAAUGUCAAAACCCCCUCCUCCCCCGUAUAUGUUCCCACAUCAGCCUAGUCCAAGUCCCGCCCCACCAAUGAUGUCACAAGGACCACCACACUCAUAUCCUGCUCAACAACCACCAACUUGGAGUCUGAACACACCCAGCUCUAACGGACACAUAAUUCAACACUCGCCCAUUAUUGGGGGCAGUCAGUGGCCGGGAAUGUCGCACAAUCACAUGACCCCCGGGCCCGUCAAUCGUGACCCCCCACAGUACAGUGACAUUCACAUGAUGGCCAUGCAGCAGUCUCAAUCUCAACCACCCCCUCUUAUUACCCAGCCUUAUGUGAGACAGCCUCCUCCUCCUCCUCCUCAAGCAGCACAACACUUCGAACACCCCCCACACCUGAACCAACCAUCACGGCCAGAAGUCAGUCCGCGACCAAUGAACAAGUCCCAAUCUGAGACCAGGUUCCGGUCUGGAAUGCCACCACGACCUAAGGUGGAACGGAGACACAACACAGUCAGCCACGCCCCUAAGGGACUAGUCUUCAAUGGUAGUGGUUCUAGAAAGAAACAUCGAAAGAUUGGAGACGAUGUAUUUGAAGACAAGAAGUCAGCAAGGAGAUCCAAAGAUGAACCGAUGGGUCCAUUAUCUACUCAUACAUCUGGCAAGAAAGAAGGAAAAAAAGACACCCAGGAUACGGGUCGUCCUGCCAAGUACCCACGCACUCACACACUACAGGAGUCGCCCGAGCAUUCACACCACAACUCAUGGGCCAUCGAAGAAGAGGAAGACCCUGCAAUUAGAGCUGAAUUUCCUGAGGCAGACGGUCACCUGUUUGAAGUGCUACUACAGAAGGGCAAGGCUGGUUUAGGGCUGAGCAUUGUUGCCAGCACCACCCAGUCUCUUCGUGGGAUCGUAAUCAUGGGUAUACAACCGGGGGGCGUGGCAGAGCUAUGUGGGCGUCUUAAGUGGGGGGACAUGAUUCUCAAAGUCAAUGACACCUGUGUCCUCGGAAUGAGUCAGCAGAAGGUUCAAGAGUUGCUUGCGAAGGCCCCACCUACUGUCCGUUUUGUGUUGCUACGACAACAUAAGGUGGAAGAAACACAGGAGCAACAAAAAGGAAAACAUACCCAAGCAGACAGUGACAUUAGUCUGGAUGGUCUUGCUCAAGUGAAGGCCGUCACUCUAUACACUGACGACAAGAAGAGUCUGGGUUUCAAUAUAGAGAAGGGGGAGUUGGUGGGGGGUGCUCCCUCCGUCCUUAUCUCAAACAUUUCCCCGGGAGGUCCUGCUGAGGUCAGCAAUUCACUGCAGGCGGGGGACCAGAUUUUGAGUGUGGACGGACAGAAGAUACUCGGCUAUGCAUAUGAUAAGGCUAGGCUACUGCUCCAACAAGCAAGACAGCGAGGUCAGGUGACCGUCGUGGUAGCAUCUCAUUCCUCCACCACCCACAAGGAUGGGGAGGGACGAGGGGUGGAGCUUGACAAGACUCGGCUCCCAGAGGAAGUUGUCCUCAGACCACCAAAGAGGAGGAAAAGCUCACUCAAGCAACCGUCUAGACGUCGUCCUGUCAGUGUGGACUGUGAUGGCAAGACAGGACCCAAAAUGGGGAGCCCGGGAAUCCUGCAGAGAGCGGGUGUGGCACAGGUGGACAGCAACAGGAUGUCAUACUACUCCAACCGCAGCUCUCAACCCCUAACUGAGAGGGAGGUUGAGCAGGGCUUCCAGUAUUUUGAGCAGAAAGAUAAAGAUAUCACCCCCCUUAAGGAAUGUGAGAUUAUAAUAUUCAUGGGAACACAUGACCUGGGCUUGGUUCUCACUGGAGGAAUGGACUCACCACUCUUGGGAAUAUACAUUCAAUGUAUUGUCCCAGACAGCCCUGCGGACAAAGAUGGGCGUCUGAAACCGGGUGAUCAGAUAAAGAUGGUUAACAACACUGCGAUGGAGGAGCUCACUCGUGAUGAGGCCAUGCAAACGAUAAAGACAUCGCCAGCAUUUGUACACCUCCUUGUACUCAGAGAGACCAGCAAAUCCACCUCCAAAUUGAGCCUGAAUGAAGUAGACUCUGUCCCUCCCUUUUCCCCUGCCGAUCACUCUAGCAACCUGGAGCUCAUUGAACUGGUGAAACCCAACCAGGGAGGCUUGGGGCUCAUGAUUUGUGAGCAGGAGGACCACCCCCUAAGUGGUGUAUUUGUACAGAAUGUUGUCCAGAACAAAGCUGCCUAUCUAGACGGUCGCAUACACCCUGGAGAUAAGAUCCUCGCUAUUAAUGGGCAAGAUGUGUCCACGGCUAGACAAGACUUUGUAGUGCAUCUGUUGCAGAGUUGUGGAAACAAGGUUUCUCUGGAAGUGCUCCACCCUCCUCAUGCCUUCACACCCUCACAUCCUCCACACGAGCGAAUGGAAUAUGGGCGAUCAGGUGAUUUGGAUAUGACAUCAUCAGGGGAUCCGAAAGCAUUUCAGACGUUCCCCCCUCCUCCGGAGUACCCAUAUGGAGCCACAGGAAGACAACCUACAGGUCAUGAUCGCAUCAUCCCUCCGUACGCCAGAGUUGCUGACUCAACACCCACCAGUGACUAUGCCCCCGAGUACAUGCAUCACCAGUAUGUUGGUGGGUAUAGAGGAGGGGGUGUGGCUAAUGGGGACACCGACAUCGAUAUGCCCGUGUUAAGCCCAGACGAAAAGUACAAUGUCCAGGUGAUCCACCUCCACCGAGGGCCGUCCGGUCUUGGUUUCAGCAUCGUGGGUGGUAAAGGUUCUAAACAUGGCGACCUACCUAUCUACGUCAAGUCUGUGUUUGAGGAGGGUGCAGCUGGCCAAGACGGACGGCUGAGACUGGGCGACCAGAUCCUCACUGUGAACGGACAUAGCUUUGAGAAUGUGACUCACAAGCAAGCUGUGGAAACACUCAAACAACUCAAGGGAGAUAUUAAAUUGACUGUGAUGAGGACAGAGUAGUCAUAAUUGUUGCGUACACAUUUUAUUCUUUUCCCUAUUUCUGUAAUUCUCAGUGCUCUUUUAGUUCAGCAUUAUCUCACCUUAUUAUUUUUAUUUUGAUACCAAUGCAGUACAUGUUUACCUGAUUUUUUUUACUCCUGUCACUUGUUACUGUACUAUAUGCAGUUACUGUUAUACAACAUUUACAACUUCAGACCAUCAUGCAGUAACGAUUUAGAGUGACAUACUCGUUGUUUUAAUUUAUCACAAAAUUUCAAUAGG